AUGGAUAACGAUAGUGAUCAAAACAAUCGCGACCGUUCGCGACGUGGUGAUCGGCGUAGUGGCGGCGGAUCACGCUUCAGCAACGAUCGCGAUCGGAGCCGUGACCGGGAGCGUAGCGAUUGCCGGCGCAUCUACGUAUCGAACGUACCGUACGAGUACCGGUGGCAGGAUCUGAAGGAUCUAUUUCGCAAAGAAGUCGGUGAUGUGUCGUUCGUUGAGCUGUUCCACGAUGAAAACAAUAAGCCACGGGGUUGUGGUAUCGUAGAGUUCGAAAAACCGGAACACGUCCAGAUGGCACUGGAAAAGAUGAACCGCUACGAUAUCAACGGCCGAAAUUUGGUUAUCAAGGAGGAUUACGGCAACGAAAGGGACAAGUACGGCAGGGUAGUGCCGAAAUCAUUCCGAGGCAACGAAAACGACAACCGCCGUCGGGACCGUGAUGACGAUCGAAUGUCCGGACCAUCGCACGGUGGGAGCGGUGGUGGUGGUGGUGGCGGCGGUAUAGUAGGCGGCGGAGGCAAUGUAGGUGGCGGUGUCCUCGGCGGUGGCAAUCUCGGCGGCGUCAGUGUCGGUGUUGGUGGUAGUGAUUUUUCGCAGGAUUACAAUACAUACGGUCUGAGCGUAAAGUUCUUGGAGGGUUUAGGCAUUCAAGGGCCGUUGCAUACGAAGAUUUUCGUCGCGAAUCUUGACUACAAAGUCGAUGCGAAAAAGCUGAAGCAGGUGUUUAAAUUGGCAGGCAAAAUCCAAAGUCUCGAUCUGUCUGUCGACAAGGAUGGCAACAGCCGUGGGUUCGCAGUCAUCGAGUACGAUCAUCCGGUCGAGGCCGUCCAAGCCAUCUCGAUGUUUGACCGACAAAUGCUUUUCGACCGUCGUAUGACUGUCCGGCUGGACCGUCUGACGGAAAAGAGCGAAAUGAGCCGGCUGCCCGAGGGGCUGAAGGGUAUCGGUAUCGGAUUGGGUCCGAACGGUGAACCGCUCAAGGAUGUAGCACGCAAUCUGCCAUCAUUACAGCAACAGAACACGGCACUGCAAGGUGCAACCUUGUCCAAUGCUGCCCCGACACCCGUACAACCUCCGCUAACCGCAAGCAAUUUGCUCAACUCUGCCGCGACCAGCAACCUAUCUGGAUUAAAUUCGAAUCUAGCGGCACAGCUCAGCAAUGUGGUCGGUCUGUCAAAUUUGACCGGCGGUUUGCAGAGCUCGCUGCUGUCGAACGCGGCCGCCGGUCUAUCGAAUCUUGGUGGUCUCGGAGGUUUGGGUGCUGCAGCGGCAGCGGCGGCAGGUGGUGUUGGCGGUGGUUUGGGUGGUGCCGGCGGUGGGCUCGGUGGAGGUCUCGGUAACAGCUUGUCCAGUGCGCUCAGUGGUCUUGGUGGUUCCGGUAAUGACGGUGGGCUAGGUUCAAGCUUCAAUCAAAGCUACUCUUCCGGCUUCGGUAAUGGUGGUUCUAAUCGGGGUAACGACUACGAUAUGGGAUCAUCAAACGUACGCAACUACAGCACAGCACCGAACGACGACUAUGGCCGGAACUACGGAGGCAUCAAUAACGGCAAUCGUAAGAUUUCCGACACGAUCAUUAUCCGCAAUAUGCCUCCUUCCUGGACCUGGCAAACACUGCGCGACAAGUUCCGGGAUGUGGGAGAGGUAAAGUUUGCUGAAAUUAGAGGACAGGACACCGGGGUCGUUCGUUUCGCCAAGGAACGUGAUGCCGAUGUUGCCAUUAAACUCAUCGAUGGGACGCGCUUCGAAGGACGAACUGUGGACGUUAAUUUCUUUUAA